UCCCACUCCUAAAUGUUGGGUGAGGAAACGGAAGCUGCUUCAUCUCUGGUGCUUUGACCUUUAAUUUACUCACUGGAGGUCUCGAAAAGGAGAGAAGAGAGGAGUAAGGGGGAGACACGAGCCCUGAACCAUCGAAUAACCCCCUAAAAUAAGAUUCUAAACGUGAUGAGCUUCGGUGUAAGGUCCCUCUUGGUGCACGGCCGACAGAGCACCUCUCUUAUCAUCGGCCUGUGUGUGGGCAUCUCCCUCAGCCUCAUCCUCACCCCGUACCUGGAGGAGGACUGUUCGGGGGGUCUGUCUCAUAAAUUACUUGGCGGGGUGAGAGUGGGCAAUCUGCGGGACUUGAGAAGCAGUGGCCCGGCCGAGGAGGAGGACUAUGAACCACGUAUUAUCCUUAAGAACUACAGCAAGGAGGAACUAGCCAAGCCUGAGAAACCUGAGAAGCUACUAAGACCCAGGUACUAUGCCACAGAACUGGGGAUUCGGGAGAAGCUACUGGUGGCGGUGGUGUCGAGCAAGGAGACGGUCAGUUCCUUCGGUGUUUCCCUAAACCGCACCUUGAGUCACUAUGUGGAUAAACUCAUAUUCUUUAUCGAUGGUUUUGGCACUAAGAAGAUGGGACUCAACAUCCCUAUCGUGGGGUUCAAGGAGGAGAAGCCUCUGAUAAAGGUUUUCCGCAUCCUGUCCUACCUCAACGAGAAUUACCUGAAUGAGUUUGACUAUUUCUUCCUGGUGACUGAUCGCACUUAUGUUCACGGGAGGCAGCUGGUGAGGAUGGUGCAGCGACUCAGUAUCAGCAGGGCAGUGCAUAUGGGCCACCUCCUUGAUCAUCCUGAUGCCCUCUACUGCUCCCUUGAUGCCGGCAUUGUGUUGAGUCACUCUGUGCUGCGCAUGGUGGCAGGACAACUCAGCUGGUGCACCCGCAACACUUAUUCUGACAGCGACACGGACAACCUGGGGCGCUGCAUCCUGCAUGCUGUGGACCAGCCCUGUGUGUCCAGCCUGCAGGGCCAGCACUACAACAGCUACAGACUAAGGGAGGAUGUGGAUGUCGUGUCUCACCUGCAGCUGGUCGGGGGAAGCUCCCUCGUGCAGGAGUCCAUCACUGUCUCCAAUGUUCCUGAGGGCAGUGACAUGUUCUCCCUCCACAUAUACUUCCUGCAGAACGACCUGCGCCACCUGAACCACAGCAUCCUGGAGCACCGGCGGGAGAUUGAGACCACCAAGCCCAGCGCACCAGCCAUCAGAAGGGAGGAGACCUGGCCUGUGGGAUCAGCACCACCACACCAACCAGCCACCAGGUUUGAUGUGAUACAAUGGGAUACCUUCAAUGCCACUCAUCUUUUCCUGCCUGAUGACUUCCACAACACCAAGCCUCUCAUUGGUGUUGACCUGUUGGACAUCAUGUCCCCACCACCACCCACUCACCACCACCGCCCCCGCCAGAGUGUGGUGAACGCCAGUGUGGCCCACAUGCAUGCCAAGGCCAAGGGGCGCCUGGAGUACAAGGAGCUGGAGUAUGGACACCGGCGCACUGAUCCAGCCAGGGGAGUGGACUACAUCCUCUCACUGGUGUUCAGGGACAACACUUCAGGCCUUCGUGUUACCAGAAAGUUACAGGCCAGCAGGCUACUCACCGAGCCAGAGAUCAUCCCAAUGCCUUACGUGACAGAGAACAACCGGCUCACCCUCGUGCUUCCUGUCGACCAGUCCGAGAUUGUUGAGGCCACACAGUUUGUUCAGAGGUACGAGGCAGAGUGCAUGGUGAAGGGAGAGCAAACGUUUCUCAUGCUGGCGCUGCUCUACAAACCCGGCGUCUCCUCUGCUGGUGACGACAAGGAUGUUUUCAAGUCUCUGAAGGACCUGGCUCUGCAGUACACCCAGGAGCACCACGAGGCUGGAUCCAAGGUGGGCUGGUCCAUCGUACACACCCUCGCUAGCCACCCCUCAGAGCUGGCCAUUGCCGACCUGGUGCUGAGGAAGAUGCAGGAGGAUACACUUGUGCUGGUGACACGCCACUCAGCUCAUAUCACCACUGACUUUCUCAACCGAGUCAGAAUGAAUACUAUACUGAAUUGGCAGGUGUUCUCCCCAGUUCCCUUCACUCAGUACCACCCAGACACAGUGACUGACACGGAGAGCUAUGCCAAGAUGGACAUCAACAAGAACAAUGGUAGAUUCGACGCUUACAAUUUUGACCACAUCAGCUUCUACAUUGGCGACUUCCUGUCUGCGCGACGAGCAGUGGCCGAAAGCAUACCAAUCAUCCGUAAUGAGAAGGAGCUUAAACUAGACCGGCCCCAGGAACAGGAGUUUGGGCUGUACGGUCUGUUCGUGCGUGGGUCUGAUCUGCACGUGCUGAGGGCUCCCGAGGCAGGACUGAAGCUUGGGUACAGAGAGGUUGGUUGUGCCAAGAAAGCCUCCAACCAGAGUGAGCACCUAAAUGGUUUGUGUCGCCUGCAGGAGGGACAGUCGUACGGCUUGCGCAGUGACCUGAGUAAGUUGGUGCUGGAUUAUAUUGAAAGUGGGCAGAAGGUUUAGUGGGUUUGUUGUUGUUAUCGGUGGUGGUGGCGGUGUGUAUUGAUGUAUUGAUGCGUUGCGUAGUGAGUGUUGGUAAUUUUUUGUGGGGUAUUUAUCUUUUUUUUUUUUUUCUUUCUUUUUUUUAAUGUAUUUCUUGGGUUUAUUUCUGUUUUAUUUAUUUUAUUUUAUUCAGUUAUUACCUUCCUGCAUUCCUGUUGUAUUUCAUUCCUUAUUCUUCUUCCUGUUUUUUUCUUCCCAUUCUUGUCUCUUUCCACAUUUCCACCUUCCCACAUUCCUGCAUCUCUCUCAUAUCUAUAUCUACUCUCCAUAUCUUCAUACAUUAUUUUCUGAAGCAGCACACCUAUAUCACCAUUCACCAUGUUAGAUAUAAUAGUACAUCUCUAUUUUUAUAUACACAAAGUUAGGACAAUGAACAAGGUGACUAAUGACAAGCCUCCCUCAUGUCAGCUUGUUGUGGUGCCAGGGAGAGGGGGGUGGGUGUUGUUCUUGUUACUGGGGGGAGGGUGGGGGGGCAGUUUUGUUACUUGGUGUAUUUCAAGCUGCUAGAAAAAGUCACUGUAAUCACGAGUCUUCCCUGUGCUGUGAUAUAUGAUUGUUUUGUGUUGUGGUUAAGUUGCUGCCACUCAAAUACUUAUGUGAGAGUAUAUCUACACUUUUUUUUUUAUUAUUAUUAUUAUUAUUAUUAUUAUUAUUAUUAUUAUUAUUAUUAUUAUUAUUAUCAUUAUUAUUAUUAUGAAGAUCCAUGACAGUGUAAGGGAAAAUGACAUACAAAUCAGCGUAGAACCAGGCAUAGUCCCAUACACCCAUGGUUGUUUAAUUUUUUCUGCCUUUCUUCCAUCAUCUGUUCAUCAAUACCUGACACCAUUCUUGAUAACUCCUACAGUGACAUGGCUGUGAUACAAUUCAGUGGAGUGACAGCCAAUCUUCUCGUGGUUUUCAAUUUUUUCCAUUUUUUUCUGCAUACUGCCUAUAUUUCAUCUGACACCCAUUCCUAGUAAUUCCCCCUGUAAGAUAGAUACGAUAGGGUUCUUAGAAGUAGCAGCUGUUCACUUCUUGAAGAAAUAUGAUGGCAGGUAAUGCACACACACACAUAGAGGCAGCUAAUUGUAAAGGAAGGCAAGCUGGAGCCCAUAGCCCUGUGUAGUAAUAGGAAACAAGGAGCAGGUGUCAGAUUGAUGUAUAGGUGUGAUGUAAAUAUUUAACACUACAAAAUAAAAUCAAGGACCAGGUGUCAGAUAUAGAUAGAUGGAAUGCAAUUAUUUAACAAAACAAAAUGGAACAAGGAGCAGGUGUCUGAUAGAUAGGUGGAUGGAAUGCAGAUGUUUGAUAAUAGAAUAACACAAUAUAUGAUACAUUACGAAAUAUAAAAAGAGAUAUUCGCGAGUCAUGGCAGAUGGCACACAGCAAACCGUGAAUAUUUCAUGCAAGUCUGACGUGCUCUAGACAGGUUUUAAUAAGUUCCUAGAGGCCACUGGAAUUCUAAGCGCGAACUGUACAAUUGUCUUAUACCAUGUUUGUCGCUGUUGUAUUUCACCGAUAUUUAAGAUUCUAUGUUUUAAUGUCUGCGUAUUUUUUUACAUUUUACGCAAGUUUUUUUUAUGGACAAUCCUCGACACAGCCAUAUCGUAGUGUUAUUUAGUCAUGUUACUGGUUAUUUGUUCUUGUCACUGCCUCGUUCACUCCUGCUCCCUUCACAGUUACUUUGCUUUUAUUAUUAUCUUUUUUUACGGUUUGUUAGUUUAGUGUCUUUCUCUUGUUACCUAAGGCUUCCCAUACACAUCUCUUUUAUUGCCUUUCUUCAGUAUUUAAGUGUCUUGUUAUUCUCCAUAAAGUUAUUGCUAGAAGUGUGUUACUCUCUCUGCUUUCUUUGCUCAUUAUUUUCUUAUGAUCGUUUUUAUUUUAUCCUGCAUUCCUCUGUUCUUCCAUUUCUUUCUUUGCUUUUGCUUCAUUCUUUUCACUUUUUUUUGUUAUAUGUUGAGCCAAAGCAGUAGUAGUAAUAGUAGUAGUAGUAGUCAUAGUCAUAGUAGUAAUUGUAGUUGCUGUAGUUGUUGUUCCUUACCAAUACAAUGUUGCCAAAACCAUACACAGAGGCUGGGAUGUAUAAAUGUAUUAGUGUUGUCAUUGUUGUAGAUUCUAGUCGCAUAUACAUUCAUACAUACUUACACAUCAUUAUAUUUUUAUAGUCAAUGCCUUGCUUUAGUGUGUGUAUGAGAGAGAGAAAGAGAGAGAGAGAGAGAGAUUUAGUCAGUUGGUAAGAAUCAUUAAUGGACAGAAUCAGCUAUGAACUAGUAUGUUAUUUAGUCACUCAUCAACUAGUGUCAGUAUAUCAUGAAGUCAUCAGUGGAGUGAGCAGUGAUAAGCAGCAGCAGGAAGCCAGCAGAAGGAAAGCUUACAUAGACUAGCAGUGUAGGUAGCUAAGGUCAAGUCAGCAGUGCUAUUUUAAGUUAGGUCAAGUGGGGUCAGUCAGUCAGUCAGUCAGUCAGUGGGAGGAAGUAGUAGCGUUGGAGAUGAUGAUGCUUUACCUGCCUGACCUGUCUUGAUUAGUGAUACACCUGUAGUGCCUUAGUCAGCUUUUGCUUUAAAUACUUACAGGAGUCGUGUGUGUGUGUGUGUGUGUGUGGAUAUAGAAGAUGAGUGAGAGACCUUUUUUUAUGUAAGAGGGGCACUAGCCAAGAGCCACAAAAAAUCAUAUGAAAACACAGUCCACUGAAGAUGCUAGUUCCUAUAGAUUACAGUAUUAGAAAAAAAUAAUCAUCCAAAAUUUGAGGAGUGUGAUGAAAUGAGAUCUGUACAAAUAGCGAUAAUACAGUUAACUGGCUAUUCACUCUUAUCAUCCACUAUGGCCUUGGUGAUUGGUGGUGGUGGUGGUGGUGUGAUUAGUGAGGUGUUGGACUCAUGUACCUCUUGAGUGUCCUGAUGUGGUUCAUUUCCACAGUGAAGACUCCUCAUGAUCAAAGCAGCUUAUCCUUUACCCUUCAUAUCAGAUGAUGUCAGUGUUCCCUUGAUGCUCCAGAUAAGGGUAGGAUUGUAUAAGUGACAAAACAACUGUGUGUAUAUGUAUGUGUGUGUGUGUGUGUGUGUGUGUGUGUGUGUGUGUGUGUGUGUGUGUGUGUGUGUGUUCUGUGUGAGUUAGAUAUGCAUAUAAGUUAGACAGCAUGCCUCAGGUGAAUGUGUGUGUGUGUGUGUCUAGGUAGAUAAGUAAAAAGAUAGCAAUAUGAGUGAGUCAGGUGUGUGAGUUAAGGUGUUCAUCUGAGUCACACCUUCAGUCACUUGCUGAUGUGUUGAGUUAGUGGUGAGUGUAGUCAUCACACCUGUCAGUCAGUUAGUUGUAGUUGGUACAGGUGCUAUAAAGAAAAGAGCUUCAUGUAAUUUUAACAUUAUUAUUAUGAUUAUUAUUAUUAUUAUUAUUAUUAUUAUUGUUAUUAUUAAAGUAUUUUGGAUAA